UCACCGUGGAAUCCUCGCGUUGCUAUUGGCUGAGCGCGAAAUUUGAAAUGUAUCUGCAGCUCCACCGCAGCAGCGAGCAGAGACACACGGCUAGCGAUGAGAAACUGAGUCCUUCAGCCAAUCAAUCAAUCGAUCCGAUAAAUUGAUCGGAUACAACCGCACAGAGGGCGUUGUUUAACCCAGCAGGAGAUGGAUAUCGCAAACUAUUUACAGUGCUUUGAAGGCAGGCUGAGCUCGUACACAGGAGACGACCCGCUGGACCUCUGGGACAAGUUCGUGGACUACCUGGAGCAGAGGUUACCUGCAGACGGAGGCAGCGGGAUGUCGCUGGUGUUCGACAGUCUGGUUCAGAGGUUUUUAAAUGUCGAGCAAUACGCCAACGACAUCAGAUACGUGAACUACUGCAUCAAAUGUGCCAGUUAUUACUCCGACCCCAUCGCUCUGUACACUCACGUGUACAGUAAAGGCGUCGGCACAAAGACGGCUGCCCUCUACGUGGCCUGGGCUCAGCAGUUUGAGCAGAAGGGGAUGAUUGAACAGGCCGAGGCCAUUUACCAGAAAGCCAUGGAGAACCAGGCCCAGCCGGCCGACGCCGUCCUCAGUGAACACAGACAGUUUCAGACAAGAACCAGAAGUCAGACACCAGUAUCACCAGAGAGUAGAAACCCGUUGCAGAACUCCCUCUUAACCAAUCAGAUGUCUUCUCACAGAGAACCUGUCGCUCCAAACAAGGACUCUGUGGAUUGUCCUCCUAAACCACCAACACAUAAAACCACCAUAAUAGUGUCUCGCUCUGAGACCUCUGAUGGUGGCGCCUCCUGUAAUGUAAUGUGUAUUUUCGUUCUCACCGUGUCGGAGUACAUGACGGAGGAACUCGCUUGUGAAGGAUCUGAACUUUGCUUUGAGGAAGUCAGAGCAGAAAAAUACUUCAGAAAGCUGCGGGAGAAGCAGGCGAUGGAGAGCAGAGAGAUGAUGGAGAAGAUGCUGCUGGAGGCGGACGAGGGCAUCAUGAGCAUUAAGAGUAGUCUGGAGAAAGUAAACCAGGACCUGGAGGUGUGUGGAGGUCUAACCAGCCAGACCGCAUCACAGACGCCGUCUCCGGUAGAAGCAGCCACCAGUCUGGACCCUGAUCCUACCCAGCAGCCCUUUGGGCGUCCUCGACCCUCGAACCGUCUGAGCAACCGGCGCUCUCUUGGCUUGAGAUUUCACAACGAGUCGACCUUCGUCCAAGAGGCCUCUGCCGCCGUCGCCGAACGGCCUCGACAGCAGCUCGACUCCAGAGCUGCUAACGCUCUGAGCUCGGAGGUAUCCCAUCAUGCCCCUCACCUGGCUGACAGGAGCGUUCAUUUACCGACGUAUGCAUCGACGUCAGCGUCCACAGAACAGGCGUCUGCCGUCCAGACCUGGAUGUUUGAGUCCCGGUCACUUCAGCAGACCGGCGGCUUCGAGCUCCACAGGAACACCAGCGUUCUCUGCCGGGACGAUCGGGUUCUGCAGAGCGGCUCCAAGAACCGUCACCUUCAGGAUCUCAACACCACACACCAGGAGGUCUUCCAUCCAGCGGAGCCGGAGGAGAAACUCAACAUGUCUCAGGGCGGCACAGCCAACCUGUCUCACAUCACUCCCAACACCUCACUGGGCUACGUUCAGGCGACACCGUCCAGAGUGCUGCCGUCUCCCACCGUCAACACACGGGAAGCACUGGAUGUGAUCAUGGACAUGUUCCAGGCCCCGACGCUCCUCGAGGACCCGUUCAGCAACACGUCGCUGCUCCACACGGCCGAGAGGGAGUUUGACCCCGGUUACCACGGAAAAGGCGUCUCCUCUUUGCCUCCUCUGACGACGGCUCCGUUCACCGUGUUCCAGGACGACGGAGACAAAGAGAACGGAGGUGCUGCUGCUCCGUCUGCGGGUGAGAAGUCUAAACCAAUCAGAGCUCUGGCAGAAAUCCCAACGACUAACAAACCGAAUGACACUCCUCCAGAGCUGACUCCAGACGAGAGCACCAUGUGGGGAGCUCGCUACAACUCCCUCAACUCUCUGGCUGCGUGUCCAAACAGCACCACCGACUUCGCCAUGUUGGCUCAGUUCGUCUCCACGCCGUUCACGAACAAGACGCCCUUCACCUUCUACGAGGAGGAUGAAGAGAACAACGGUGAUGGUGGAGAUGCCGAGGACGAUGCUUUCAUCAGACGGCAGCCCAAGAAACUCAGCCCCAUCAUGGAGCAGAGUCCGUCCAACGACACCGCCUUCAGUCAGCUGGCUCCGUCCUCCGCCGCCGCUCACGGCACCAUCGUGGGCGAGGUCCUGGCCUCCGCCCAUCACUGCCUCACCUCCUCCUCCAUCACCAUGGUGCAGCCCCCCGCCCCGGCCAUGCUGUCCUUCAGGGACCAGACCAUGUGUCCCACCGAGUCCUCCGUCUCCAGGAACACCACCACCACCGGCUGGACCGUGUACACGAGUCCCAAACCGGCACCUCUGACCUCACAGCAACCGGAGGCCUCAGUCCGACCCAAAAGAGAACCGUUUGCAAUCAUGGAGGACUUGGACAAACCCGCCAGUCCACAACGGGUCCAGAGUGAAGUCCAAGAUGUCCCCAUGAGCCCGGAUUGUGGUCUAAAACCGGACUGGCUGGCUGUCAUAAGCCCCGCCCCCCAAGUCCAACCGGACCUGGACGCCUUCCUGAGUCCCCGUCUGCUCAGCGAAGCGGACGGCGUCUCCAACAGGACGCAUCCGGACGUCCCCAUGAGUCCACAGCAGCCGCCGCUCUGUGCCGACGUGCCCAUGAGCCCGGGGCAGCAGCACAGCGCUGAGGACGAACUCAUGAUGAGUCCAGACGUCAGAGGGCCGAGGACGCACGACGUGUCCAUGAGCGCAGCACCGGCAGAAGGGGGGACGUCCUCGGUCCAGCUGGUGUCGGAUCCGUGGGACGAGGAGCUGAUCUCUGGUCUGCUGUCGGCUCUCGACCCCCCUCUGACCUCUGACCCCCGCUGCAUCACCUGGCAGUGCAAAGUCCCAAACAUCACCCCGAAGACCACCAUCAGCAUGGGUAAAGCGUCUCUGCGGGUCGACUGCGUCCUCGGUGAAGGAGCUUUUGCGACGGUUUACCAGGCGACCGACCCGGUGACCUCAGAGAGGACGGUGCUAAAGGUUCAGAAACCGGGCAAUCCCUGGGAGUUCUACAUCAACACCCAGCUGGACGCUCGUCUGCGGCCCGACCUCCGUCACCUGUUCAGCGGCCUCCGCUCCGCUCACCUCUUCCACAACGGCAGCGUGCUGCUGGGCGAGCUUCACAACCACGGCACCCUGCUGAACGCGGUGAACAUUUACAAAACGCUGAGCGACAAGGUGAUGCCUCAGCCUCUCGUCAUGUACUUCGCCGUCUGCAUCCUGCACAUGGUGGAGCAGCUGCACGCCGUCCACAUCAUCCACGCCGACGUCAAACCCGACAACUUCCUGCUGGGAGAAAGGUUCUUGGACAACAGGUGUUUUGAGCCGGAGAACCUGGACCACGGCCUCGUCCUCGUCGACCUCGGGCAGAGCAUCGACAUGGAGCUUUUCCCAGAAGGCACUGCGUUCACCGCCAAGUGUUUGACGUCGGGCUUCCAGUGUACCGAGAUGCUCAGCGGGAAACCCUGGAACUACCAGACGGAUUACUUUGGGAUAGCGGGGACGGUGUACUGCCUGCUGUUCGGGACGUACAUGAAGGUCACCAAUGAAGGCGGCGUGUGGAAGACGAACGGUGUAUUUAGAAGGAACCCCCACAGCGACUUGUGGCAGGACUUCUUCCAGACUCUCCUGAACGUGCCGGAGGUUCGAUCCCCUUCGGCCCUCCGGAGCCUCCGCUGCUCGCUGUCGUCGGCGCUGCAGCAGAACUACGGCAGCAAACUGUCGUCGCUGAAGAGCCGCAUGAUGGUUCUGCUUCUGGAGAGCAGGAAAACAGCGCGGAGAUGAGCGGGAGGCGGGUUUUAUUUUAGAGGAGGAGUUUAGAGUCUGGUCAGAAUUCAUUCAUUCAUAAAAAACAUUGUAAUUAUUAUCUAGUCGCUUUUUUUAAAAAUGUAUUUUUAACUGCUUCCGAAAUUGUUUGACUUCUGGGAGUGAUG